UGUGUGACACCUGCUCCUGGAGUUGUUUGGAGUCCGGAUCAAUAUAGCGCGUCUACAGUGCGCCGAACUGCAUUCCCCAUGAGGCUGCGAGUAUUCUCAGCGCGUGAGAGAGUGGGUGAACGCUGAGGGUCGCGGCAAAAGGUUUGUCAUCUUUUCGUUUUUAACCCAAUGUUUCACCCCGCACCAGGCCAAGUCGACGAGGGAACCGCUGAUCCUCGCCCCACAGCCUCGGCACACUUUCAGUCAGAUAUGAGCGGCAGCGGGCGGCCCAGGACGACCUCGUUCGCUGAGCCUCAGGGGGCGUCCGGAGCCGCUGCAGCAUCCGCCGGAUCCGCCGCUGUCGUGGGGAGCAACGCAGGAAAGCCCGGGGUCUCGCAGGCCUCGGCGGACAGUUCAUCUGCUUGCGCAAAUUUAAAACUAUCUAGAGACAGUGGGAAGGUGACCACGGUGGUUGCCACCCCAGGCCAGGGCCCGGAUCGCCCGCAGGAGAAGGACGAGGUUUACCUCAAUCUGGUGCUGGACUAUGUGCCUGAGACCGUCUACAGGGUGUCACGGCACUUCAGCAAAGCUAAAACCAUUAUUCCCAUCUUUUAUGUGAAGGUGUAUAUGUAUCAGCUUUUCCGCAGUUUGGCCUAUAUCCAUUCCCAGGGCGUGUGUCACAGAGACAUCAAACCACAGAACCUUCUGGUGGACCCAGAAACAGCUGUUCUCAAGCUCUGUGACUUUGGCAGUGCAAAGCAGCUGGUGAGGGGUGAGCCCAACGUCUCUUAUAUCUGCUCACGAUACUAUCGCGCCCCUGAGCUCAUCUUUGGUGCGACAGACUACACCUCCAACAUUGACAUCUGGUCAGCUGGAUGUGUGCUGGCCGAACUGCUGCUGGGGCAGCCCAUCUUCCCUGGAGACAGUGGUGUGGACCAGCUAGUGGAGAUCAUAAAGGUACUUGGAACACCCACAAGAGAACAGAUCCGUGAAAUGAACCCGAACUACACAGAGUUCAAAUUCCCACAGAUCAAAGCACAUCCAUGGACCAAGGUGUUUAAACCAAGAACUCCGCCUGAGGCAAUAGCCCUGUGCUCUCGGCUGUUAGAGUACACACCAGUGACACGACUGUCUCCGCUCCAGGCCUGCGCUCAUGCCUUCUUUGACGAGCUGCGCCAACCUGGCACCCGUCUGCCCAGCGGUCGAGAGUUGCCUCCGCUUUUCAACUUCACCACCACAGAUGGCUCUGAAGGUUCUGUACAGCCCGGAUCUACUCUGACCAACAGCACCUGAGGCUGUCUCUCAAAAAAAUCAAGCUUACACACCACAGCAUCUGAGCCACCACAGCGCAUAUCUCUCCCUCUGACAAACACACACACAGUCUUACACACUCUUUACCUCAUACAUGGCUUCUCCUCCCUAUAGUUCCUCCCAUCCACACAUUUACCGCCUGAUUCAGGUGUCACGCGUUGCAGAAUUACCAGUUUCUGCACGGCGGUCUGGGAAACCCGAUGUUUGCUGACUGUUAAACAAACUUUCAGUCUACAGAGAAACAUACUGGUCACACACAUACACACCAACACACUGCCAUGCACAUGCAUCAAACAACAACAAAAAGUUAUACUGCUAAUAUUUGCUUCAGAUAAUAGAGGUAGUCAAUCUCGAGAGCACUCCGAAAGGCUGCGUACGCCCGUAGUAAAGCUCACGCGCAACCAUAACGCAGCACCAUGCGUGUUUUGGAGGUCAAAUAUGAUUGGUUCAGUGGCUAGGGGCGGGUCCUCUGUCUUAAUUUGUAUCUUAAUUUAUUUAAAUCAAAGUUAUCGGUGGAUGUUUUCCCUUGAUUUGUUUAGGAGUAACACUCUUGUCCCUCUCAAGAUCCCUAUCCGGUGUAAAAUACAUUUCGCGGGGAACAAGCAGUCACGGUAAAUGAUGUAUCUUGUUGUAAAUGUCAAGGAAAAGAGGCGAGACUAAAUGUGGUGGUUUUAUACAGUUAUUUUAUUGUAUUUUAAAAAAUGAGAAUAAUAUCUUGCUUUUACCUUCUAGCAAAUAUAUUUAUUAUUUUAAAAUGGUGAAUCGAAUGGACUUUUGAGAAAGCAUCUGCAGUCGUUUCCCUGUGGAGCAAACGAAAAGCUAGUUGAGAAAAGGUUUAACGCUGUCGUUGACCAUUAAGUAGGGAAAGAAAGAGGUAUGCAAGACAAUAGCCUAUUAAUAUUGUUGUACUGAACUGAAGUGACUUUAUAUUCCUGGGCAUUUAAUUAUCAUUAACUGUUAAUGAUGCUCUGGGUCUAGGCUUAAUUUAUGCUUGUGAGAUUACAAAGUCUUCAUCUGUUCCGUUCAAAGUCAUUUUUAGGUGACGUCAGGUUUGAAGACUGAACCAUGCUUCAUAAUUCAGUGUUUCAGUGCGUUUUCUUUCUGUUUUAGCAUUUCAGUCUUUACGGUAAAUUAAGCUACUCCUAAGGACCUUGUGGUAGAACAGUUCUAGAAUAUGUUUGUGAAUCCGCACACGAGUUGAAAAUCGUAACGUCAAAUGGUCUCAGUCAACCGCAUCGAUCCACAAACUGUCCAAAAAUGACUGAUGUCUUAUUUUCUUGAGAACAUAUCUGUUAGCCUCUCAAUAAACCCUGUUCUGAAGCCCUGGAGGGAGCACUUUCUGUGACGCUCAUGCUAUUCUCCUGUUCUUUUUCAUUAGUCUUUUUAUGUUGCUCAGUGGGUGUGGUUUAACCAGGCUUGCUCCACCCACCGGUUUGUAAAUAUACUUCAGUUUUUAAGCCCUGUGUAAGAUGUAAAUACAGACACUGUCCCACUUUUGUGUUUUCAUGAUGUCUUUCUCUCCCUUCAUCUCUCUUGGGCUGUCUUCUCUUAGCUCUGAAGAGCUCCACGUCCGUCUUGUUUGUCAUUUAGAGUAUUUAUUGUUUUGCACUGUAAUGUUGGGGCUGAAAGUUUCACUUUUUUUGUGAAAUAGUAACCCUCGUCAGCGUACUGUAUGUCAGUUCAUAAGCUCAGCGCUCGAUUUGUGAGAAAAGGGGAUUCAAUUUUUGAGUAAAACUUGAGGUGCGUGUCCAGCAGGGUCAUGCUUUGUUCUUUACUUGAGCACAUUUUUGCAAAGGUGCACUGGAAGCCAUGCUCAUACGGUCUGUUUUUCAUGAGAAGUGAAUCGACUGCUUUGUGGAGGUUUUGCCAAUCUGGCUUGAAGCCUCAAAGACAGUGGAAUGUGUUUAUUCUUUAAUCUGACAUCUGUGAAUCAAGCCCACAGCAUCAUGCAUGUGUACUCUUAGAAAAAUGUGAUUUAAAAAAAAAAAUAUAUAUAUAUAUAUAUUUAAAUGUGUAUUUGCUUUGAAGUUUAUUUUCCUGUCCUUGAAGGCUUGUUAAAUGAAUUGAGACCAGCCUGGAAGUCUCUCCCCCUUCAUUGCUCCUAUAAUCCUGCCCUCCCCCCCGUCUCUGCCUUAAGCCUGCCAUACAAACGUUAGUCUGUUAUUACCUUUUUUUUUAUUAAUUGUUGGAACUUUCUGCCUCAACGUUCUGGCCCAGGGGAAUCGUGUCCUGAGACAGAGAGAGAGAGAGAGAGACGAAUGGAGAGAGCUUGUCAGAAUAAAUCGAACUCAUUUAAUAAAGUGACGAAACUGA